AUGAGACUCACGGAUAUUCCUGCAUUUUUCACCGCUACACCGAAAACCGCUCCUACACCAGCAAUUGCUAUUUCGUCGGUGCCCGCAUUCAAUAAUACUAUUGCAGGUAAAGCGACACUAUCUUUACAACAAAGAUGGGCAGAACUUGAAUUGAAAUCCUCAGUUGAUUCCGAGAUACCACCAUUGAUCCGUGAUAGCUACAAGAACUGCAUGGUCUACCAGAUAUUGCUCGAUGGGUGUAAGACGACCGUAAUUUAUCGAACGCAAACCUCCUUUUGCAUGGCUACCUUUCGGAGGAGAUCACACUGUAUGAUAAUGUUACUUCUGUCCUGCAUAAAAUCACUUCUUUUUCUGUUGCAAAAAGCCAUUUGUCAAAAUAAAGUGAGACAUCACGAUGAACACUUGGCGGAUGAAGAAAAGUACAAGACGUAUUGUGAUAUUGUAAGACUUCCUGCUGCAGUAUCAGCCAAUAGACACUAG